AGACUGAUAGUACCCAGCAGUACCUAGGAUACCCAGGUUGCCCUGCGGCGCUGUUUCGGGUUCGUCUUCGUUCUACCGCCAUCAUCACGAAAAGUAACAGUGAGAGAAAGAGGUUGAUUUACGUCAGUGUCUCUUGCGUUGUAGUUACGUUUCAUCGCAAACCGCACAAAUGAAGAUGGUGGAUAAGAUUGAAAUGAGUCUGGAUGAUAUUAUCAAACAGACCAAAGGAUCUAGGGCGCGUGGCGGCGGCGGUGGCGGCGGCAGUAGUGGUGGUAGACGCGGUAGAGGCGCCGGCAGUUCACCCCGUCGAGGAGCACGUAGGACGCAAAGAGCUGGCGGUGGCGUCAUGCGAGGACGCAGUCGUGGUGGUAUCGCACGUAGUUCUCUACCAUACACGAGGGGCGAUGUAAAUAGUGCUUGGAAACAUGACAUGUUUGAUGGUGUAAAAAAGGUUGGUCGUAGUGCAAUAGGCAAUGCAGGAACAACCAAACUUUUGGUGUCAAAUCUUGAUUUUGGUGUAUCAGAUUCAGACAUACAGGAAUUAUUCAGUGAAUUUGGACCUUUAAAAUCAGCAGCGGUACAUUAUGAUAGAUCAGGUCGAUCUUUAGGUUCUGCUGAUGUUAUAUUUGAAAGACGGGCAGAUGCUAUCAAAGCAAUGAAGCAAUAUCAUGGAGUACCGUUAGAUGGUCGUGAAAUGAAUAUACAAGUAGCUACUUCUGAACUACCAGUCACUUCUGUUCGCGGCCCGAGACUUAGCGGUGUUAAUUAUACACAAAGACCUCAAACACGUUUUAGAGGAAAUCGUGGCACAGGAUCUAUUAGAGGUCGUGGAAGUGGUCGACGUGGAGGUAGAGGAGGUACUCGACAAGCGACAAAAACACCUACGGCCGAAGAAUUGGAUGCAGAACUGGAAGCUUAUGUGAAAGAAAUCAAGUAACAAAACUCUACUAUAUUCAGAUUUUGUUCAAUCUGACUUAACACAAUACAUGUUCUUUCUUUCAUGAACAUAUACAGUUAUAAAUACAAUCCUAUAAAGAUCUAGUAAGGUGUUAAAAAAAUAUGAUUAAUUAUUAGUUUUUAUUUUUGACGAUUCUUUCGAAAAUUGGCACAAAACAAAUUUUGCAAAAUAUUUGCGAACAUCAUUCGUAAAAGUUUAUAAAUUUUUUUAUGAUGUAGUUAUAAAAAAAAAAGAACAUACCUAUGAUUGUAAAGACUGUAUGAAUUUGUAUGUACUACCGUGCGUGUGUGCUCAUCAGAUGAAAAAUAUAAUGAGAUACAUCUCGAAAA